AUGAAGAUAAAGCGAGGAAAGAAGCAGAGAAAGUCGGGAGCCCAUAAUAAUCGCGGAAACGUCGAUAAACAGGUACUAUUUCUUUACUUUAAACUUUUUUGAUAAGCUUUAUUUACUGCAGAGUCAGAAGGAUGCUCUUUAUUAUCAAGAGAAGUUCGUCCAGAAAAUCCAGAAACAAAAGUUUUUGGAGAACAAGGAGAAAGAACUUGCAAGGUGAUCGGUUUUUCUUUUGGAUUUUGUGAUAACGAAUCAGUUCAGACAGCCUCAUUGUCUUGUUAUCCAUCGUGGAGAUGUCGGAAAGUACGUGAAAGGGCUGGAAUCGGAUUUGCGAAACCUUGUUGAACCGUUCACUGCAAAAAACCUCAAGAUUCUGAAACGGAACAACAUCAAAGAUUUUAUUGUGAACGGAGCGAUUCUCGGAGUUACAAACAUGAUGGUUUUGACCUCUAGCGACGCUUCUCUGCAACUUAGAAUGAUGCGUUUCUCUCAGGGACCUACGUUGACUUUCAAAGGUAGAAUAAAUUAUCUUUGUUCUCCCCUAUUCUGAGCUCGUUUCAGUCAAACAGUACUCACUAGCUCGUCACAUUAUCAGUUCCCAAAAGCGUCCAGUUGCCACCGACAAACUUUUCAAAACUUCACCUCUUGUGGUUAUGAAUGGGUUCGGAGACGGCGCGAUGAAGCAUCUGUCAUUGGUCCAGACGUUCAUGCAGAAUAUGUUCCCGGCUAUCAAUGUGGACACUGUAAGAAUAAGGAAAAGCAACUCAAAUAACUCGGUGUGCUAUUUCAGAUUCAACUCGGAAAUCUGAAGCGAUGCCUUAUCGUCAGCUACGACGAAGAGAGCGAUGAGAUCCAAUUGAGACAAUAGUCAGAAAACGGCGGAGGAAAUAUUUAUACAACAUUCGUUGUUUUUCAGUGCUAUUCGAGUCGUGGCUUCUGGAUUGAACAAAUCGGUGAAGAAGCUGAUGCAAGCAGAGAAGACGAUGGGAAAGAACAUCCCGAAUCUGAGUAACUAUAAGGACAUCAGUGACUACUUCCUCAAGUAAGAUACAUUUCCAUUAGACUUCAGUAACUUCUGCACUUUCAGUCCUGGACAGCUCAGUGACUCCGAGUUCGAAGGCGAUCAGCAAGAAGUGGAGCUCCCGCAAGAGAUUUCGGAGGGACGAGGAUGUGGGCUCGGACAGAAAAGUAACGUACGUCUCCACGAAAUCGGACCCCGGUUGACGUUGGAAUUGACGAAAAUCGAGGAGGGCAUCGACGAGGGAGAAGUUCUGUAUCACAAGCAUCACGCGAAGACUCCGGAUGAGCUCAUCAAGUUGAGAGCCCACAUGGACAAGAAGAAGUAAGCGAAGGAAUCCGCAAUCAAUAUCUCAUACUUUUAUUGCAGGCAAAUGAAGAAGAGACGUGAACAGGAGAGUGAACAACGCGUCAUCCGACGUCUGACAAUUGUGAAGGAGCAACAGGAUGCGGACGAGGCUGAAGUAAAGGCAAUUCGGGAAAGUGCCGCCCGUAGACAGGCGGCCGCCACUGGACAGGUCGAAGAAGUCGAAAAUCAGAAGGAGAAAGACAGAGAGAUUGCGAUGAAUAGGGAACGGUUCGUUUGUAACCUGGUAGCAGUGAUCGAGCAGUUCAUUCUUUCAGAGAUCUGAAAAGAGCCAACGAAGAAUGGGAAACUUCUGGAGAUUAUGGCGGUGCAAAGAGAGGAAGAUAUGAGGACGGACGAGGAAGAAGAGGAGGAUUCAGAGGGCGUGACGAAGAAAGUGGAGGUUUCAGAGGAGGAUUCAGAGAAAGACGCGACGGUGAAGGGGGUGGAUUUCGUGGAGGAUUUAGAGGAAGAUCUGUAGAUCGCGGAGGCUUCAGAGGAAGGGACGGCGAUCGUGGAGGCUUCAGAGGACGAUCUGGAGAUCGUGGAGGAUUCAGAGGAAGAGAUGGCGAUCGUGGAGGAUUCAGAGGAAGAGACGGCGAUCGUGGAGGAUUCAGAGGAAGAGACGGCGAUCGUGGAGGAUUCAGAGGAAGAGACGGAUUCCGCGGAGAAAACCGAGGACGUGGAGGCUUCGGAGAUCGUGGCGGAUUCAGAGGCCGUUCCGGGGGAGAUCGUGGCGGUUUCCGUGGAAGAUCCGGAGAUCGUGGAGGAUUCCGAGGAGGACGAGGUGGAUUCGGUGGCAGUCGUUAAUCUGAUUCGAUUUGUUUUAUUGUUACUGCUCCGUUUUGUUUCUUUUUAUUGUUGUUGUUAUGAUUACUAUUUUUCUUUAUAAAAAUCAGAACUUCGAAGUUGACCGAACAUGCUACAAAAACACCUCGGAUUCGCCGAUCCCGGAAAGUUUUUUCCGACGCCGCCGUGUCGGAAGAUGUUUACCGGGGCCGGCCAAUCAAGGUCAUUCGGUCGUCUGCAGCUGCAGUUGUUCUUCCAUUUUCGCCAUUCAUCAUGAAGUCAUUCGCCGCCGUCUUCCUCAUUUUCCUCACUUUUUCGGGGGGCGCUGUUCCGUGCGACCAUCAGGAUGCGAUCAAAUCGAUCGAAUGCAAGCCCCUGCUCGGGAGACUCGCCGUCGAAAUGGCCAAACACGCGGAGAUGCCCCCGCCGGACGAGCUGAAGGCAUUCGCGGAAAUGUGCUCGGAAGCUCUCGUGAGUGCAUUUCUCUUCAUCUGAAUUCUCUUGAAGUCAUCUCAGGUUUGUAUGGAACACAUCAAAUGCGAUUUUCUGAAGAAUGCGACCGUUCUGAUUGCUAAGACGUGCACCGGCAUCAAUCUGAUGGCCGGUCCGUUCGGAAAGUGCAUUGAAGAAGUGAGUCCCUCUUUUUUCCCCGUUACUAACAUUCCGUUCCAGUUGCGAAACUCUCCUCCUUCUCUCAAAAAGUAUCCGUGCGCACGAUUUCUGCAAACCGAGGUUUGAUGGGAAACGGAAGUGCGCUCCAAGGAUAAUCUGAUUUCAGUUGGGACGCCCGGGAAACUGUCAAAUGUACCAGGACGAAUUGGAGUGCACGAAGAAGCUGGCGGCAGAUAAAUGCGGGCAGGAGGCGGUGGAUUCGAUGAGUGCGAACAUGGAAUACAUUCGCGGAAUGAUGGACUGUUCACAAUGA